AUGGUAAGUCUGAAAGAGCAUCAGCUGGCAGGCGUUGACUGGAUGUGGGAGAAAGUGAAAAACAGACGGGGAGUUAUCCUGGGAGACGAAAUGGGCACGGGAAAGACUGCACAGGUGCUCAAGGUCGUGGAGAGGGUGUGGGAGACAGUUGGGAAGUCUGUUCUCAUUGUGGCUCCAUGCACGCUUUUGCAGAACUGGAAGAGAGAAAUGAAAAAUUUUGAUAUCAACAUCCCCGUGAAAAUAGUGAGGAAUGGCGAUGCGAGCAUACAGAAGACACUGCGCAGCGCAGACGGCAACUAUAUCCUGAUUGCGGGGUACGAGCUUGUGCAGAAAAGAGAGGCAGAUAUCAUGCGGAUGUACUUUGACAUUCUUGUGCUCGAUGAGGCGCAGAGAGUGAAGAAUCGAAACACAAAAAUAUCGAAGCUCUGCAGGGCAGUGGACGCACGGGCUAAAAUAUGCAUCACAGGAACGCCCAUCCAGAACAACCUGUCAGAGCUGUGGAGCAUCGUUGAAAUGGUCAAGCCCGGGCACUUUGGAGACUACCAGAAGUUCAAAACAGAAAUAGAAGGGCCACUGAAGCAAAGCACACUGAAGACAGCUCUGCCUGAGGAUAGGAAAAAAGGCGAAGGCAUAAAACAGCACAUAAACAAGCUGAUAUCAGAGAUAGUGCUGAGAAGAACAAAGGAGCAGCUGGGGAUGCAGAUACCUGAAAAAACAGAACAUAUAAUAUACUGUCCGCUAAGUGAAGCACAGCAGGAGAAGUACGCAUCCGCCCUGGAAAUGGACAUAAUGCGAUCGACCGUUAUGGGAAAAACAAACCCUCUCAAGACCAUAACGUAUCUGAAGGGGAUAUGCAGCCAUCCUUCUGCGGUGUGCAGCAUAGACAUAUCCGGCGAAGUGCCAAAAGAUAAAAAAAAGAGAAGAUCUGGAAAAUCAAAAUUGUGGACAGAAAGCGGGAAGAUGAAAACUCUGCACAGGCUGUUGUUCCAGUGGAGAAACAGCAAAAGAAAAGUAAUUGUCUUCAGCCAGUACAAGGAGGUAUUGCGUAUACUGGAGGACAUGUGCAGUGAAAACAUAUUCUACAAAAUAGAUGGAGACACGCCUGUGCACAGGAGACAGGAAAUAUUCCAAAUAUUCGGAAAUAGUGGAGGACUUGAAAUACUUCUUAUGACCACAAAGGUGGGCGGGGUGGGAGUCAACCUGCAGCAGAGCAACACCGUUAUUCUUUUUGACAUGGACUGGAAUCCCUUCAACGAGGAACAAGCCAAGGGCAGAGCCCACAGGAUAGGGCAGAUGCAUGAAGUAGAGGUGUAUAAGUUUGUGUGCAAGGGAACGAUAGAAGAAACCAUUGGAAUGGUGCAGGAAGUAAAGAAAAGCAUUUCAGAAGGGAUUUUAGACGGAGCAAAAACAAAGAAGGCCUUUGAGAAAGUGGAUCUCUGCAAGCUUUUCCACUAUUCGCACGAUCCAGACGACAUAACAGAGCUAGGGAACUACAAAUAG